CAGAAGACCGUAGAUCUGGUAGAACUAGAAAGAGUAGAAGCUCGAAGAUCGAUUUCGUCUGCGGCACGAAAAGUCUGUGGGUCAACGAAAUCUACCCACGCGGCUGAUGCGUCCUUGUUGACCUGGUAGUCUGGUUGAUAGAGCAGGACCCAAGUAGUUACUUGCAGCUUUUGGGUACGGCCGAGAGGGAAUGGCGAAGACACAAGGGGUUUUCUGCGUGCCAGGGAGUGAUCACCUAUGAGUCAGGACAUGGAGAAGCAUGCCGCUGCCACCGGCGUUGAGUGUGAUGUGAGCAAAGAGUCAGCCGACCGGAGUGAGGUCAGGAAAAAGGGACUUGUAUUAUCAACUUGUGACGAAGAGGAUGAGGUUGACGAGCCCUGCCCUUCGAGCCGAGGACGCCUCCGGUCAAUGCGCUCACUCCGACGCAACGACCGCAAAACCAGAGACAGUUCAACUCAAGCGGGCCGGACUGUACCCGUAACAAAAGACGGCAACCUGUGGCGACAAACUGGCAUUUUUGAGAAAUGGAGGAAGGUUCAUGUCAUUCUGAUGGGUACUCGGCUGUUGAUCGGUACUAGCGCCAAGAGCGAUGUCCGCGAGGAGUUCAACGUGCUGGAGUGUAGCAUUGCAGAGAGAAGCCUGACCAACACACGCCACUGCUUCACGGUGCUGAGUCAAACCGUACAGGUUGUGUUUUGCGCAGAAACGCGCAAGCUGAUGGAAGAAUGGAUGACGGCCAUACGCAAUGCCGCCAAGGACGAAGCUGUGGAGCAAUGGGCAGAUCAAGCCAGGAAUGAUCACUACUGGUUCUUCCGGCAGUUUCGUAUCCAGGCGUAUUGCAACAUAUGCCGUGAGCAGUUUGGUAUCAAGACAGCUGUUCUUGAGUGUGAAGUGUGCAAGAUGAAAGUGCACCGGCGCUGUGCGUCGUGUGUCGUGCAGGAUUGCAAGUGGCACUCGUCCAAUCGCAUGCCGACGUCGUCGCAGCAGGCGCCCGGUACUUCCUUGGCACCGGCCAAUACGCUCUCUUUCACCCCUAAGCCCGCUAUGUGCCAUCAGUGGCUGGAGGGGAACUUGCGACCAGGCAGCACCUGCGCCUUCUGCAACAAAAGCUGCGGAAGUGCAAAGCGCCUGCAGGACUGGCGCUGUAUCUGGUGCAACAUCACUGUCCACGACGAAUGUCAGAGCAAGGUCUCCGACCGAUGUUCAUUAGGUAUCCAUCAUCGCAUCAUUCUGCCACCACAGCACGUCGUCAUUGCUAACCAGGAGUGCACAAUCAACGUUGAUGAAAUCAGUCCGCAGUCAUGCCCCAUGCUGGCGUUUGUGAACUCGAAGAGCGGCAACAACCGCGGCGUGCGCUUCAUGCGCCGCCUGCGUCAGCUGCUCAACCCGAUCCAGGUGUUUGACCUGGCCAGUGGUGGCCCGACGGCUGGUCUGGUGCUCUUCAGGCACGUCAUGAACUUCCGCGUGCUUAUCUGUGGUGGAGAUGGCACCGUUGGCUGGGUCCUGUCCGCUAUGGAUAGGGUUGGCAUUCGUGGACAGUGCCACUUUGGAAUCUUACCCCUUGGGACUGGCAACGACCUUGCUCGCGUGCUUGGCUGGGGAUCGUCCAUCGCCGACGACCAUCUUCUCUCGUCACUGCUCACUCAGAUGGAGCAGAGUCGUCUGCGCAAGCUGGACAGGUGGAGCAUUUGCGAAGUGGACAGCAAAACGCAAAACCGCAAAUCAAUUCGUCAGUUUGCCGGGUCGGACAACCCAAGUUUUGUUGAUCCCCUGUUUGAGUCCCAUGUCGACGCCGUACUGGAGAGCUACUUCUCUGUGAAGCUGAUGCUGCAGCGCCUCCAGAAGAUGGUGUGCAACAAGGAAGACCUGGAGCUCUACUAUCGGGACUUGUCCAGGGCGGUGAGCAAUUUCAUCGAGAACAUUUAUGUCAUGUCUGAUUUGACUGACAUGAAGGCCGUGCUCAACCUGAAGUGCCGGUUGUUGCGACUAAACCUACAGCAGCUGACGCUGGGCCUCACCGAAGCCGGUGUUCUCAAAUCGGACAUCUCCAACAUCAGCGCCUUCCGUGGUCCAACGCAGACGCCAUCCCUGGCCACUAGCCAGGAAUCGGUGGGUGCCUGCAGGAAUGUGGACAGUCUAGUCAGCGAGAACAGUGACAGCUCGGUCAGCAGGAAUGCCGACAGUGUUCUCAGCCGGAAUGUAGACAGCGGUGUCAGCGACCAAGACGACUCGUUGGUGGCGUCGGCCAGCAAUGCUGGUGUGUUGGCGGAUGGCGACGACGACUUUCCCAUUCCCAUACCGGAUUUCUCGGAGGUGCACAAGCGCUCCGUGGCACGCCAGUGCCGGUCCGUGCUGUCACGAUCCUCUAGUCUGCAGAGCCACGCGUCCACGAUCACGCCCUGCGUGUCGCCCAAGUCCGGCUCCAUCGGCUAUCGCAGCAUGGGCGGUUGCAGCGCCAAGUCGGGUGACACGGUCACGUGCGGUGGCAAGGCACCCGUCACGUCCACGGCCAGCUUUUCGUCGGACAUGGCCGACAGCUCCACGACCACGUCGUCGUCCUCGCUCACCAGGAAACACUCCUGGGUGAAAUCAGGCAGCCAUCGCGUCAAGUCCAGCAGCCAUCGCGUCAAGCGCAUCUUACGCCGCAAAACCGUGACUUCGCUGCACCAGGAGGAUGGGGAGAUGAAGAGGGAAAUUGCUGCAAUCGACACGAAGGACACGGGCCAUGAUACAUCACCCCGUUCUCCCCAGGGACCAGUGCGGAGUUCGUCCGACGUGAUGAUAUCGGAGCGACAGAUCAAGAGAUGUCGAUCGUCCUCCAUUGCAUGUGGUGAAUCAUUAGCGAAGCAUCAGCACUUUGCCACGCCGAAAGUACUGCAAAGUGAGGAGUUUGUGUUCCAAAUGAACAAGCUGACCUCAGCACUCGACGCGAUAUUCGCUAUCAUUGAUCCGGCGCACGAAGACGUAGAGAAACGUUCCAGCGUUGACGUCUCUAGCUUUGUGGAUCCGGACGUGCGGUCGCGGGCGCUCAUGUACUGCUCGUCUCGGCGCGUCUCGGCUCUUCUGGCCGAUUCGGUCGCCGAGUCGCAGCAGGGCGGUCACACAGCCGCGGCCUCGGUCACCAGCGCGCCUAGCAGCACCAACAUCCGGGACGUAACCAACGGCAACCUGCUGCGCGGCCAGCGUCGCUGCUCCGAGAACGAUGCCUACAUGUUCACCGGCCUGACCCCGCUCAAAAGCAUGGAGCACAUGUCCGCGUCGUCGCUCAUUCAGCUUGCCAAGUCUCCGGACCUGGAACGCCACCGGGAACUCUCCAAGAACCGAAGCGCCAGCGAGUGGGAGCUACACUUGAUCACGUCAAAGAACCGGCAGGGUCAGCCAGCGCAGGGCAUGCAAACGUUCCGCCAGCACCAAUUUGUGCAGCGCCCCAAGCCACUGAAUUCCUCCACGAGCAGUUCUAGCGAGAACUCGCUGGUCAAUUCAUCCGUGGCCAGCCUCGGCACGAGCAACAAGAGCGUUCAGAUCUCGUUGCAGAAGCCGUACACGUCGAGCCAGUCCAUCGAAAGCCAGGAUGAUCGGCAGAGCUCCGGGCAGGCUAGCAGCGCGUCUGGCUGGGCACCUAGCACCCCGACUUCACUGGGACAUGCCCCGGCCAGCUUCCAAUCGCUCUGCGCAACUGAAAUGCGCAACACAUCCGGUCCGUUCAGUGACAGUGGUGUGAGCACAAUGUCUGCCGGCACGAACACCGUCAGCAUGGCUUCGUCCUCUCAUUCACUGCAUCGUAACAUGGCUCAACAACCGCCGCCAGAGUUCCGGUGCAACUUGGCAUGUUCGCAGCCUAUUCCUCAGGGUGAGCGUGAGAUCAGCGUGAUGAACAACUACUUUGGCAUUGGGCUGGAUGCUAAAGUCUCACUUGACUUUCACAACUUACGCGAGGAACACCCAGAGCGGUGUCGGAAUCGUGUCAAGAACCUCAUCUGGUACGGGGUGUAUGCUGGACGUGAGAUGGUGCAGCGAACUACUCGCUCACUUCAUAAACGUAUCAAACUGGAGUGCGAUGGCGUCACUAUUCAACUACCUCGUGUCCAAGGCAUUGUGAUUCUCAACAUUCCCAGCUACAUGGCCGGAGCGAACUUCUGGGGGACGGAGAAAGACGUGGAUCGCUUCUCUGCACCGUCCUUUGAGGACCAGCUGUUGGAAGUCGUGGCAGUGACUGGAUCCAUUCAGAUGGCCAACUCAAAGGUUCUCGGCCUGCAGUCGAACGGGAACCGUGUGGCGCAGUGCUCCAUGAUCCGCAUCACCAUCACCGGUGAAGAGCCCAUACCUGUGCAGGUGGACGGCGAAGCAUGGCUGCAGGAGCCCGGUGAACUCGUCAUACGCCACAAGAACUGCUUACCGAUGCUUUUCCGUGACACAAAGAGCUUCAUGAGUAGCUUACACUCAUGGCGGCCAUCGUCGUCCAAGGUGUCAAAGACGCGUGCACUCUCCGGAGAGGAGUUGACAAUCAUGAAGCCGCUGGAAAGCAAGGUGGCCUUCCUGAUGUCAAUAUGCUCACAGCUACCUGGUCCGAUCAACAAAGAGGACAAGCAGGCACUGGUGCAGACCAGAGAACACCUCAAGGCGUCCAGCAAGUCCAUCUUCAGCUCCUCGCUACCCUCGAUGGUGGCCGCGGUGGAGUUUCUCAACCGGCUGCGCAGCUACCUGCAGAUCGUCAUGCGCAUUUCGGACAAGGCUGUCAACUCUUCUUCAAGUGUGCGAAUAGCAGCAGUUGUCAAUGAGUUGCUAGUGGAUGUAGAGAUCGUGGAGAAAAGCUUGCAGCCAUUCGAGCGUUCACUUGCCAAGAAAGAAAGCGGCUCUCGCUCCUAUGGUAGCAGCUUGGACGUGUCGGUGACGGAAAGUGACCCCAAGCCUGCACAAUCACCACACCAGACUCAGUCCAAGUUCAAGCUGGCGGUCCGUGCAAAGGCGUUUUUCAAGCGUGAUGCGCCGACAGUUGACCCCAAUGACGCAGACUAGCAAUGCUGCUGCUGGCCGUUCUCGCUCAACGACGCCACCUCUCUCAAGUGUCACUUUAGUCGUUCUGGGCACUCUGUAUUUUCUCUACUUUAUUCUAUAUUGCUCCUCUGGGCAGCCCUCUCUUCGCACGUGCGGCCUUCUCCUCGUUCGCCUGACACUCUCUGGUCCACGGGCAUGUGCACUUUAGUGACUUCGCAACUAGUGUCAACUUUCCUGUCUACUUUGCAUCUAGGUUGGUUGCCAUCUAGUCCACACCUAGUUUUCCAAUGCCGCCAGGCUCCUGCCCCCCUGUAUACCUGCCACACACCAGCAUAGCUUUAGUCGAUGUUGUACGCCAGUGUGUGGUUUGUUCAGUAGCGAGUGAGCCCCACUGAUUGAUUCACUCGCGCCAACACACCGCCUUAACUCGCCAAGACUAACAACGAAUACUGAAAUUCGCCCAUGCUCAUCGGCAUGCCCGAGUAGCUGGCAUGCACUGACCAGUUCAGUCAUGUCACCGCGCAACGCGCGUGCAACCGUAGCUCCACCUGUAGUCAGUGAACUUGUGGGCGGUUACAAAGCCGGAUGCGUGCAGCCGGCCAAACACUGUUAGCCUGUAGUGUAUUCAUGCAUGCGUGCUUGAAGGUGGCAGUGCUCACUCAGUACUAGUGCACAUCACUAACUGUUACUAGUGAUGUGCACACUAGGUUCUCACUUGCUGAAACGUACACACUGUGCUCUACACUGAUUUUCAUUGUCAUAGUCCGCAUAUAAAGAGAUGUCCUAACAAACUUUGCCAGAUGUAUGGUGUUAACCCCAACUCCUUUCCCUAGGCCUUGAAUAACUGGAUAAAGCCGUUUGCUCGACUUUUUUUUCGUAACAGAAAUCACGCGCGCCCUGUUUCUCCCAUAUUUAUUUUGGCUUUGCUUCAUCCAUUCUAUUCUACUGUUUCUAGUCUCUGAUGAUUGGAGUAUUUAUUCUUCUAGUACUGGCAUUGCGUAUAUGUAUACAGAACAAAUGUACUGUAUUGACUCCACUCCGGUGAU